AUUAAGAUGCCUCUGUUUUGCGGGAACAAGAUUUAAUGAAUGAAUUUUCAAACACAAGUCCUGUACAAAAUGUAAUCGAUGCUGCAGGUUGUAGAAUACAGUAAAGCAACUUACUUCUUUAUUGAAAAGCCAAUACCAUUCUCUCCUGGGUAAUCAAUUUAAGCUUAAAUAUAUAAAUUCUUGCAUAUACAUAUGUAUACAUAUGUAUGUAGCUUAAAAUUUGCAAAGAAUUGUGGCACCUUGGCAUAUAACGUUAUAGGCGAUAUCUCGGGUGUAGUUAGCUGUUGACGACUAUUGUGUAAAGACGUAUAAAAUUGGAGGAGUAAAAUGUUCGCGUACCACACAAGCGAUGGCUAUGAUGUGCUACUGGAAGUAACUCAUGAACUAUUUGACGAUGACUUGCAGGAUUUAGUGUUUAUAGAUCGGCCAAGGAUAUGUGCCAUAUACACUUGUUCCAGUACAGGCGAGAUUACUAAAACUGAACGACUUAAAUACUUUAAAAGCCCGAAGCCAUCUUUAUAUCCAAUAAAUUUGAACGAAGGAUUUGAUGAGUAUAUUUUUCGACCAAAAGUCGAAUUAACGCAUUUGCUAGACACAGUUCAAAAAUAUAUCCUUGAAACUAAAGAGAGUGUGUUGCAGCCAGAUGCCUUGAACUCUGAAAAGUCUGAAGGGAAUGCUAAACGUAAAUUGAUUUUAUGUAUACGCGGGGCAUUGGCUCGUAUAAUGGCAAUACCAUAUCGGCUACAGGCUACGAAAUAUAAUGAUUUCACUAUAUACGCUUCUAAAUAUUGCGAUAUUCUACAUUUGACUGAAUUCGGCUGGGCAGAUCGUUGUACAGAGGAAGAUUCUUAUCAUGGAAAAUUUGUGCAAACUUGUUUUUCUUAUGAUCCCAAUGAAGACCCUAUUACCGAUGAGCCGUUUGAUGAAAACAGUGUUCCAUUUGGUGUGUAUCAUACAAGUUUGAGAAAAUUCGAUCUGAUUUAUUCUGCAGAAAUAGGAGGAGUAAUAUCAGAUAAAAAAAUUGAUAUUCAAAACAUGGAAGAAGUUAAUAAAAGCAGAUUUUUAAUGACAAAAUUGCUUCGAGCUGGAAAUUACUCAGAGGAAACCUUAAACAACCCAAAAUGUUUAAUCUGGUGGCUGCAAUCCUAUCUAACAGAUACCCAAGACAUAUGUUUUGGUUUGAAAAAUCGUAAUGGCAUCAUAAAUCAUCCAGUACGAGUUAAUACCGUUAAUGAUAUACGAAAUAAUCGCCGUUGGGAACCACAUAUUUGCACAGGAUUCUUGUACUCUAUGCUAACCUUAAUAGAAGAAACAAUGGCCGACGUGGACUGCCCCUAUACAGUGUUCGAAUUUCAGAGAGAUUCGUUCGCUGGGUGUAUUAAAUUCAGGAAACAUACUGGGAAGACGGAGUAUUCCUUCCUUUCUGAGGAAUAUAUUAAACAUUGCAAAGAGCGAUUUGACAAAAUCUAAUUUCAGCAUUUAAAUAUUAAUGAGAUUCUGCGAAAUAUUCAAAUAAAAAGAACUUCUUAAUCUGUUAAAUUAACCGUU